AUGCAUAGAGAUCUUGGGAAAAUAGUGGCCACCUCAAACGGCAAGGAAGUGAUGAGGCUGCAAAUGAACAAGCCAUGUGAUCAUUUAUUCAUUAGGCCUAUCCUGAAAACAAAACUGAAUGCAACCUCACAAUGCGUUAUUUUGAAAGGUCAAUACACGUUCAAAUUAGAUUACGAAGACUUAUUCGAGAGCUAUUAUGCCGGGUCCUUUGUUUAUGGAAAUUGGACGUUUAAGGCGACUGUCUACGGGAAUCACUGUAACUUCGGCCCAUUUACCCUCAAAUUAGAGAAAGCAAUCGAAUGCAAAGGACCUAAACGUAAAAACUGCACCGACGUUCUUAUUAAAAUCGAUAAUCCGAUUAUAGAAUAUAACAUUUUGGUCAAGGAAGAUGUAUCGCCGUCAAAGGGAAAAAUAACUGCAAUUGCAAAUAACACAGAAAUGUUCAUUAUACAUUCUCAGAGUCCUUGCACAAAUUUGUUCAUUAAAUAUUUCUAUCACAAAUAUUUAAAUAUGACCAACAGCUGCAUUGUCAAAAAGGGACGCUAUGUAUUCGAACUGAACAUAAACGAAGUCUUCGCUUCAUUUUACAAAGGCGUUCAUGUUUUCGGCGUAUGGACGUUUAAAGCGCUGUUCUAUAACGAAAACUGUAACUUCGACUGUUCUUUAAUGACAAUGAAUUUCUUGCCCAAGAGAAAGACAUAAAAAUGUUUUGGAAA